CUCAAGUACGCCCUUGACUAAGAAGAUAAUAAUUGUAUUAUUAAUAUUAUUUAUCUUGUUUUUACAGCAACAGCAGUAGUUAAAUGUUAAAUGUUAAAAGAUCCAAUUUGUGAAAUUGUUGUUAAAAUGAUAAAACCGUAUUUAUAUUUCUUUUUAUUUCAGUGUACCCAUUACAUUUUCUUUUAUGGCGGCGUCAUCUUCAAAACCGGCUCUGUAUAUUUUAAGCAGUUCCACAACAUUUAUUUCUAUUUAAAUAAUUACGAUUAUUAUUCAUUCAUUUACACAUUAAUAGCUUUUACGUACUCUUAUCGCUGUUCUUCGAUUCCAAAUGAACAAAUUCUGGUCAGUACUUGCUAGUUAGGAUAAGUUAGUAUCUUAGAUACCUACAAUAUUAUUGUAAUGAAUGUACCUAUUGUAUCGACUUAUCGCGAAAUGGAAAGAUUUGAUAUCGAACAUUAAAAUCGAAGAUAAAUAAAAUUAACGUAGGCUUAUGGACGUUGUUAUUGAAUUUGAAUACUAAAAGUUUCAGUGUUGAAGUUUUUGCGAACAGCCUACCUACCAUGCAGAAUGGUCCAGAAAAUAGCUCUUUAAUACAAAUAGAUAAUAAUAACUAUGGAUCUAUUGGACGCAAUAUGGAUAACAGUGUAUCAAGUUCCAGGGGCAUAGUAUAUUGUGUCCAUGGUAAACCUAGUGCAGGAUGUUGUACCGUAUUAGAGGGAGAAUUAUUAGAAAUGGAAGGAGAAUCUACAAUUAACACUAAGGAAAAUGUGGAUACUGCGAACCUCAUUAAUAAACACUGUCAUCAGAAUCAGGCAGCUGGAAUAGAUAAAUCAGCUAGAAGAAAACUUAUUAUGGCCAGUAUACUCUGCGUUAUAUUCAUGGUGGGUGAAGUAAUAGGUGGUUACCUAUCAAACAGUUUAGCCAUAGCCUCUGAUGCGGCGCAUCUUUUAACAGAUUUUGCAAGUUUUAUGAUUUCAUUAUUUUCACUUUAUAUGGCCAGCAGACCAUCCACUAAAAAGAUGUCAUUCGGUUGGUAUAGGGCUGAAGUCAUAGGAGCUCUAACUUCGGUACUAUUAAUCUGGGUCGUUACUGGAAUUUUAGUUUAUAUGGCAAUACAAAGGAUUAAAAAUAAGACUUACGAAGUAGAUGCAGAAGUGAUGUUAAUCACUUCCGGUGUAGGUGUUGUUGUUAAUAUUAUAAUGGGUCUCACAUUGCAUCAACACGGUCAUACUCACGGACCAAAAACUAGUGGAGAACACGGAGAAGUGAAUAUUAAUGUUAGAGCCGCUUUUAUACACGUUUUAGGAGAUUUUCUACAAAGUUUUGGAGUAUUUGUUGCUGCUAUUGUUAUAUACUUUAAACCCAACUUGAUGAUUGUAGAUCCGAUAUUAACAUUCGUAUUUUCUGUAUUAGUUCUAAUAACUACAUUUGCAAUUAUUAAAGAUGCUUUGAUGGUAUUAAUGGAAGCAUUGCCAAAUGGUAUUAACUUUGAAGAAGUUAUGAAUACGUUAUUGAAGAUAGAAGGAGUUGAAAGGGUUCACAACUUAAGAAUAUGGGCUCUAAGUUUGGAGAAAAUUGCGAUGUCUGCUCAUAUUGCUAUAAGCUCCGGAACAAAUCCUCAAAAUGUCUUAAUGGUAGCAACAAAAAAUAUACAUGAAAAAUAUAAUUUUUUCGAAAUGACAUUGCAGAUUGAAGAAUUUCAAGAGGUUAUGGAAGAUUGCACACAAUGUAAAAAUCCUGAUUAAAAAUAUGAAAUACCUAGUUGUUAUUUAUUAAAUACUUUUUUAUAUAAAAUAGUUCAUUUGUUUAAAAAAUUCAUCUUAAAUUGCCGUUUUUUAUAGACCUCCCUCUAGUUAAUACAGUGGCGCAGCCCGAAAUUGAAUCUGGGGCAUCUUAAUAAUGGUUUCCAGUACAAGCGUACCCAGCGAGGGGCAGUAGGGGACAGCUCAAAUAUAUAUGCUAUAUUGUGUAUUCUUUUAAAAAAUCUUAUUUCUGUGCAGCUCAAACUCAAAAAGACCUAUAAAUAUUUUCGUUUAUAGACAAAAAAAUUAUGGAUGUGUUAGACGUUUAUCUUCAAUGUAAGCAAAUAAUAAAAAUAUUGCAUGAAGACAUAAAUGUCUCUUUCGACUGUAUCAUCUUUUCGGAAACAUGGUUAAUUCCUGAUAUUACUAUUUUUAAUAUUCCAGGAUAUAUUACUAUUUACAAUGAGGGUAACCUAAAUCAGAAUGAUGGUGUGAUUUGUCAAAUCCAAUGUGUAUCAUUCUUACAUGUAUCAUUCUUACAAAACAAUAAGAUGUAACAACAGCUUCAUUUUGCAGGUGAAACUAAAUUUUGAGAAUACCGUUAUUAUUAUUAAUGCUGAAUCACCAACUAUUGUCGUAAAUAAUUUUAUAGAAGAGUUAAACAUUUUCCUUAACCAAGAAAAUAAUACUUAGGAUUAUAAUUUAUUUAUAGGCGAUAUGAACAUAGACAUAUUAAGUAAUACAGAAAACACACAAAGCUAUCUUGACACAAUGAGUGAAUUUGGUUAUUUAUCUACCCUUCAAAAGAAUUCAAGAACAUGUCUGGAUCAUAUUUUUAUUAAAUCUAAUAAACAAAAUUAUGAAAACAUAUUACCAUUAACUAUAGAAACAAAUAUCACAUCAUUUUACAACUGUAGCACAGAUUAUACUUCCAAACCAUAGUUUCAAUCAAAAUAACAGUUCCACUAAUUUAAUAAAAAUAAUCAAUGAAAAAAAAAAAAAAACUAAAAAAUACAGAACAUCGACUGGAAUUCUUUAUUCGACUGUAAUUACGUAGAAUCUGAAACAAACAAAUUUAUUGACACACUGAAAAAAUGUGUUCAAAUAUCUACAACGAAUACUCUAAUCAAUUCCAUUAAUAAAAAAAAUAAAUUGUUUAUCCAUCCGAUGAAAUCCUCAAACAAAAUUACCAAUGAAACAAAAAAACAUUAAAUAAAUUAUUAAAAAUAUCAAAAAUUGAUUAUUACCGUAAUCAAAUCGAAAACGACAGAAAUUCAAAACCAUUGUGGAACGCUAUAAAUGAAUUUUUAACAAAACCUGAACGUACACCAAUAAAUAUAAUAAGCAAUGAUAAACAUGAAUUAAUUGCUAAUCCUAUUAAAAUAGCAGAAUUGUUUAAUGAAUAUUUUAUAACAGUAGGUAAGAAAUUGGCAGACAAAGUAAAUAGAAAUCUAAACUACAUUGAGACGAAGAAAACAUGCACACAUUCAAUAUUUAUAUGUCCCACCGAUGAAAAAGAAGUUAAGCAGAUCAUAAUGCAAUUAAAAAAUAAUAAAUCUCCGGGCUGGGAUAGUAUAAAAGCGGAAGUAUUGAAGGGAAUUAGUGAUCAUAAUAUUACAAAACCAAUAACAUAUUUAAUUAAUUUAUCACUAGAGAAAUGCCAUUUUCCAUCAGCCUUUAAACUUGCCACAGUAACCCCAAUUUUUAAACAAGGAGAAAAAACAGUUACGGCUAAUUACAGACCGUUUUCAAUAAUUUCCUGCCUGGCCAAAGUAUUCGAAAAAAUCAUACAGAAGAGGUUAAACAAAUUCUUGGAAAAAAACCAGUUAUUAUCUGACUCGCAAGGUACUUACUAAAAAAAUCUAUAAUAGUCUUGAUAAGUCCAUGCCAUCAAUUGGCGUCUUUAUAGAUUUGGCAAAGGCAUUCGACACUAUAGAUCAUUCUAUUUUACUAAAUAUUCUAGAAGACAUGGGUAUAAGAGGUAUUGCACAUAAACUUUUUAAAAGUUAUCUGACUGAUCGAAGUCAAAAAGUAAAAAUAGGUAAUAGUUUAAGUAGCGCAAAAAUCAUUACUUAUGGGGUGCCCCAGGGGAC